UCAUAGCAAACAUCGCUGUCUCUGUCUUUUGUACUCUCUCUCCCUCCCUCUCUGUGAGCGCGCGACAUGGUCCUCGUUCUUUAUAACUCUCUUCGUCACUUUCUACAAAUUUCUAUCAUGGUACCUUUGUAGUUUGUAGUAUCUAGCUGCAGCUGCAUUCACUUCCCCCUUCCUUCUUCCCUCCUCUUGAAGCACUUCUUCCUCGCUUCCAUUAGAGUCUCUGUCCCUCCCCUGGGGAUAUAUAAGAGGUUGCGCGCAUUGUCAUAGACAUAUACCUUGAACCGACUUAGCCACCAUGUCCAGCAGAAGGUCGAGGCAGUCCGGCGGGUCUUCGAGGAUCAGCGAUGAUCAGAUCAUUGAUCUGGUGUCCAAGUUGCGCCAACUUCUUCCCGAGAUCCGCGAUAGUCGACGCUCCGAUAAGGUACCGGCGUCGAAGGUUUUGCAAGAGACCUGCAACUACAUAAAGAACUUGCACAAGGAGGUGGACGACCUCAGCGAGCGGCUCUCUCAGCUCUUGUCCACCAUCGAUCCCGAUAGUCCCGAGGCCGCCAUCAUUAGGAGCUUAAUAUAAAACUCUCCUGAUUAAUGUUUAUCAUGUCGAGCCCUUCGUCUACUGAACCAGCUUGUGUUCUGCUUCUCCAACUAGCUUCGUUUUCCCUUCAUUAUUUUCUUUCCUUUGGGUGGUUUUUAUCAUAUCACUAGAAUCAAGACAAGGGCUAGCAUGGAACUAGACAUAGUCUCUCCUGUACGGACGUACAGUGCAGUGUAAUUAGGCGUUGAUUAUAUAAUAAAAAAGCACUUGCAUGCA